AGAAGAGCCGCAUAACCAAACUUUUUUUUUAGGUUUGGAAUGUAAAUAAUCAAGGCUAAAAAUGAAGAUAAGCGUCGAUGGUUUAAUUGUGUAUUUUCCCUAUGAUUACAUAUACCCCGAACAAUAUGCAUAUAUGUGCGAGCUCAAAAAAUCCUUGGAUGCCAAAGGUCAUUGUUUGUUGGAAAUGCCCUCCGGUACAGGCAAAACAACUACGUUGCUGUCUUUAGUUGUAGCUUACAUGUUAGAACAUCCUCACGAUGUUAGAAAGCUCGUGUAUUGUUCUCGUACAGUCCCAGAAAUCGAAAAGGUUAUGGAAGAGUUAAAAAAGUUGUUGUUAUAUUAUGAAAAACAAGACGGGCAAUACCCCAGUCUCACAGGCUUGGUUUUAUCUUCAAGAAAAAAUUUGUGUAUUCACCCCCAAAUUAGUACAGAAAGGGAGGGUAAAAUUGUGGAUGGAAAGUGUCAUGGUUUGACAGCUAGUUAUGUGCGUGAAAGAUACAAUUACGAUGAUACCACACCCAUUUGUCAGUAUUAUGAAGGAUUCUCUUUGGAUGGAAAAGAGAACACAAUUCCUCAUGGUGUCUACAGUUUGGAUGAUUUAAAAGAAUACGGUAGAGCUAGAAGUUGGUGUCCAUAUUUUUUAUCCAGAUUUGCGAUUAACUAUGCAAAUAUAGUUGUAUACAGUUACCAUUAUUUAUUGGACCCUAAGAUUGCAGAUGUGGUAUCAAAAGAGCUGGCUAGGGAAUCUGUAAUUAUUUUUGACGAGGCCCAUAAUAUCGAUAACGUUUGUAUUGAUUCUAUGAGCGUUAAAAUACACAAAAGAACAAUAGAAAAAGCCACUGCUAAUAUCACUUUAUUGGAGAAAACAGUGGCAGAAAUGAGGGAAGACGACCAUAAACGGCUACAAGAAGAGUACCAAAGACUUGUGGAUGGUUUAAGAGAUGCCAGUGUUGCCAGAGACACGGACGUCAUUUUAUCGAAUCCUAUUUUACCUGAUGAAAUUUUGCAAGAGGCGGUCCCCGGUAACAUAAGAAACGCAGAGCACUUCAUAAGUUUCCUGAAAAGAUUCGUGGAAUACAUAAAAACGAGGUUAAGGGUGCAACACGUGGUCCAAGAAUCCCCAGUGGGAUUUCUCAAGGACGUUCAAAGUAAAGUUUGCAUCGAACGAAAACCGUUGAGGUUCUGCGCGGAAAGACUGGCGUCUCUGUUGAGAACUCUGGAAAUCUCGGACAUGACGGAUUUCAGUCCCAUCAUUUUGAUCACCCAUUUGGCAACGUUGGUGUCCACUUACACCAAAGGGUUCACCAUCAUUGUGGAACCGUUCGACGACAAAACACCCACUGUGUCAAAUCCUAUUUUACAUUUCAGUUGUUUAGAUUCUUCCAUAGCCAUUAAACCAGUGUUUGAUAGAUUUCAAACGGUGGUAAUAACAUCAGGUACUUUAUCACCUUUGGAUAUGUAUCCGAAAAUUCUGAAUUUUCAUCCAGUUGUGAUGUCAUCAUUUACCAUGACCUUGGCUAGACCAUGUCUCCUACCAAUGAUUGUAUCGAAAGGGAACGACCAAGUGGCUAUAUCAUCGAAAUAUGAGACAAGAGAGGAUAAUGCUGUGAUAAGAAAUUACGGUCAACUUUUGGUCGAGGUGGCUGCAAAUGUACCGGACGGUAUUGUGUGCUUUUUCACGUCGUAUUUCUACCUAGAGUCAGUGGUUGCAAGUUGGUAUGACCAAGGCGUCAUAGACAGCUUACAGAGAUACAAAUUGUUAUUCAUAGAAACGCAAGACUCCGCCGAAACUAGUUUUGCUUUAAUGUACUAUAUCAAGGCUUGUGAAUCUGGCAGAGGGGCAGUUUUAUUGUCUGUAGCAAGAGGUAAAGUAUCUGAAGGUGUAGAUUUUGAUCAUCAUUUGGGCAGGGCUGUUCUCAUGUUCGGAAUUCCCUAUGUCUAUACACAGUCGAGGAUAUUAAAGGCUAGAUUGGACUAUCUUAGAGAUCAAUUUCAGAUAAAAGAAAACGAUUUUCUUACUUUUGAUGCCAUGCGGCAUGCCGCGCAGUGCGUAGGUAGAGCUAUAAGAGGCAAAACUGACUAUGGUAUUAUGAUUUUUGCGGAUAAACGAUUUUCGAGGUCUGAUAAAAGGUCAAAGUUACCAAAGUGGAUUCAGGAACACUUAAAGGAUUCCUAUUGUAAUUUGUCUACAGAGGAAGCAGUCCAGAUGGCUAAAAGGUGGUUGAGACAGAUGGCGCAACCGUUCACCAGAGAAGAUCAGUUGGGAGUCUCUUUAUUAACUUUAGAACAACUGGAGUCUCUGGAAGAAAAGAAGAUUAAAGAGCAGGCUCAGCAGCAGUCAAAUAAUGUAUAAUACGUUUUUUUAAAUUGAAAUAAACACGUUUUUUCUAA